AUGUCGGUGCCAGUGACGGUAUUCGAUGGCCUCGCAGGCCCGAUGUACAAGGGGGGCAAGCCAUCCAUGUACAUACACGCCUUGGGUAUUUUUUGGUGUUUGGAUACAAGGGCAUCGGUCGUCAGCGAGGACGCAAGCGACGUUCCUAACCAAGAACGGCCGAUAAACUUUUUGGCCUAUCCAACACCCAGCAAGCGUCAAGUUUUAACUCUCAUAGCUGGGAGAUCUCCGUAUUCGGCCCCUCUUUCACCUCCACAACUACUAUUGAUGGCCUGGGCACUUGAAAAGCAAUUUCCCUGA